AUUUACCGAGCUCCUCUUUCGAUUUCUACACUGUCUUGUCUUGCAUCCUUCACCAGAUCCAUUGUCCCAAUUACCGGAAUCUUUUGAAAAACCGUAUCUUCUCUCCAAGUAGCCUUGAAAAGCAAUAGAACUUUCCCCAUCAUCAGCUCGAUACUCAAACCAUGGAUACCGCGCCCAACAGGCCUGUGGCGUCCGCGGUAACUGUGCCAGAAGUUUCCCCAGCAGAGCUAUAUGAGGUCCUAGUCGGUGCGACAUCCCAAGAUCCGACGUUAUUGCGGGAAUCAGAUAAGCGCUUAAAGCAGAUGAUGGGCUUUUACGGUGCUUUCGAUGCCUUACAUGAUAUCGCUUCCCAGAAAACGCUCCCGCUCCCAGUUCGAAAGCAAGCCAUAAUACAAUUCAAGAACGAAGCUCUCAAGUCAUGGAGGUCUCGAAAGGUCCAAAAUGACCAGCAUCGCCAAAGAAUUCGCAAUCGUUGCUUAACAUUCUUAGAUGAAGAGGACGAAACAAUCGCAAAGUUCAACAAUGUUAUUGCCUCCAAGUUGGCACGAUUAGACUAUCCCGUGUCCUGGCCAAACCUUGUGAUAGAACUCAUGGCGAUUAUAGAUUCAAGUCUUCAGCGUCGCUAUAGUUCUCCAUCAGAGGAUUUGAAGGACACUCUAAUGCUGCAAAGGAGCCUUCACCUUCUAAACCUCAUAUUGGGAGAGUUCGCAGCACACAAAAUGCUAACUGGUGUUAGGACAAUGUCAGAGCUUGUCGAUCAACUACAUGUCACCCUCUACGGCUACUAUUCGUCUAUAUCUGCCAAUUUCACUGCUCUCAACUUAGAAACUAUCAACUCGCCUCGAUCGUAUAAUGAUAUCUUAAUUGGGCAUCGGGUAUACAAGUGCAUCAGUAAGAUUGCUGGUUGGCUGUGGCAAAGAAGUGAUCACACGGGCAAAGAACAGUUCAGAAAAAAGGAAGCAUGGUUCCAUCAAUUCUUCCAGAGCUCCGCCGCUCAAUUGCAAGUUUUGUUGGAUCUGCGAUACAAGAUUGUCACCUCGGGUUCAGUGAAUACUCAUCAAUCUUUCAAGUUCGUUGAAACGUUGACUACUCAUAUUCGCCACAUUGGCAAAUUCUUCCGUCGCCUCUCUCAGCUAUCCCACGCACGUUUUGUCGAACUUCCGAUGUGUAGCGACCUUAUUAUGUUCUAUUGGUCAUUGGUUGUUCAAGCAACAAGUGGCGAACCUGGCCUUAUUGAAGAUUCGCCCACUGCCGUGUAUCCUGUUCGAAUUCUUGUACAAGGCAUGGUGCUCUUUAACGAGAACCUGGCGCAAUGGGCUCCGAAGAAAAGAGAUGGUUCCUCGAAUAAAAACGCUUUGCCAAAAGAGUUCGUUGAAAAUGCGGUGACAAUAAUAGUCAGUCGCUUUUUGCCCCUCAAUCUGAAGGACCUCGAAAGCUGGAUGGCAGAUCCUGAGGAGUGGGUCAACAUUGACGAGAAAGAAAACGAACAAUGGGAAUUCGAGAUACGACCUUGUAGUGAAAGAAUUUUGAUGCACUUGUCCAACCAGUUUGCGGACUACGUGAUGCCAUUGCUUGAAACAGCAUUCAAGCAGGUUGUUGCAAGCCAAACCAGCAGCGAUAUGCAGGUCAUAGUGCAGAAGGAAGCUCUCUAUUGUGCAAUCGGUCGCUGCGCUUUGAAGCUGAAAGCGUACAUUCCUUUUGAACAAUGGGCCGCAGAGAGUUUGGUGGUUGAAGCUCGUAGUUCCGAUCCCAAUUUUGUUAUCAUCAAGAGGCGUAUAGCCUGGAUGAUAGGGCAAUGGGUGUCUCAGGCCUGCGUGUCGCCUAAUGUUCCCGUUCUGUGGGACAUUCUAGCGCACCUUUUAAGUGACCGGGGUUCCGGCACGGAUGCGGUUGUGCGAUUCACCGCCGCGACUGCAGUGAGGGAGUGUGUUGACACCCUCGAAUUCGACGUCAAUAUCUUCGCACCAUAUAUCCCAACUACUAUCACGGAACUCGUCAAAUUGAUGGGAGAGGCAGACACCCUUGCGGGAAAAACUCGUGUUGGAAAUACACUCAAUGUCGUAAUCGACCAGGCAGGAAGCAGGAUAACGCCCUUUGUAGCAACAAUCACUGAUCCCCUUCCCAAACUCUGGGAUAGCGCGGGUACUGACUGGUCCCUCAAAGGAUCUCUCCUUACUAGUGUCACGAAUUUGAUCAAAGCCUUGAAAGGAGACUCGACCUCUUUAGGACACAUCGUCGUACCUUUGGUGCGAGAAAGUCUCAAAGAAGCUAUCAAUCUCGAUGAGGAUGGGCUCGCCCUAUGGAAGGCUGCAUUGCACAAUACGUUGACAGUGCAGAGCGUCAAUGGAGCCCCGGCAUUAAUAGAAUUGGUCCCUGACGCUAUAAAAUUACUGGCGACGAACUUGGAUCUUCUUGGUAAAACUGUUGACAUAAUCGAGUCAUAUAUGCUUCUAGAGGGAGCACAGAUUCUUCAGGUCUGUGCUGUUGACCUGUUCAAAGCUUUCCAUCAGGGAUUCGAAAAUGUCAAUAUCACCGUCAAUCGAAGGGACAUGCUAACAGCGCUCAAUUUGAUCGUGCCAAUAACGCCUUCUUCCUUGUGGGGCGAAGCUUUACAUGUGUCCGGCCUGUUCGCCUAUCUCAUGAAAAUACUCCUUGACGGAGAGAUCGUCACUUAUAUCUUGGCUGAGCAUAUAUACGUCUUGUCGCGAAUCGUCAUGGCGGACCGUCAAAUGUUCUUGCAGUUGAUGACUGCGACCGCGCCGGUCCUUGGAAUGACAGAAGCGAAGUUGUAUGAACGGCUAAUGGACGCGUGGUGGGACAAAUUUGAUUCGAUGUCGGAACCAAGACAUCGUAAACUGUGCGCUAUGGGGAUUGCCGCCCUUGUCUCAACUGGAAAACACGAAGUUUUGGAAAGACUCCCAACCGAAAUUUUCAACUUGUGGUCAGAAGUAUUUCUAGACCUCAAAGAGUCUAAGGAGCAAGCGUCGGCUGAGCCGUUACAUCGUUAUUGGGAAUUUGAUGAUACCUCGUCGGAUAAUUUUUACAAGGACACGACUGAUACACCUGAACAUGAUCGGCGCAAACUGGUCUAUGAGGGAGAUCCGGUUCGCACCAUCAAACUUACUGAGUAUGUUGGAGCUCAUCUGAGAGAGGCUGAGGCGCUUUAUGGUACAGAACUGUUCCGAGCCCAGUACAUUUCCAAAGCGGACCCCAUUAUCCUGCAGGAGAUAGAAAAGGCAUUGGCAGAAGGCCUUUGAAGAAUAAUUUUCAUCUCGUUAACCUCACCCAUAUAUGACAUA